AUGAUGAAUGAAAAUAAGUUAACUCUUGAUGAAAAAGCUCUAGAAGUAGAUGAUGUUCCGGAGAAAAACCUUAAUAUAUUUAUAAGUGAUGAUGACGACGAACCCAUAACUAUUGCAAGGAAGAGAAUUAUAGGCUUUUCGGACAGUGAUAAUGAUAUGAAUGUUGAUAACGAAGUUAUUGAAAAACACAACACACAUAUCAAAUCUGGACAGGUAUAUAAUGAAUUUGAAUCAUCUCGAAAAAAAAUAUCUAAAGGGACAAGGAUCAAAAUAAAUACGAAUUCUGAUAGUGACAGUGAUUCUUCUGAUAAAACCUGCAGCACAACAAAAUACGAAUCGUUGAGAACAGAAAAUAAAAAGAAAAGACUUAAAGAUAAAUUUAAGAAACUCAAAGCCCCUCAUUCCAAGAAUGUCAUAAUAGAAGAGAAAAAUGAUUAUAAUUUGAAUUCCAAUAGUGAUCAAUUAGAUGACGAUGUGUCUUGUAUUAAAACAAAACAAAAAAUUGAAAAUUCUAUACACUCAAUGGAAUCUAUUUGUGAUCCUGAUACUUCAGACAAAGAGAGCAAUGGUGAAAUUGUAAUAAACAAAAGAAAAUGCAGCAUAAAAAUGACAAAAUCUACAUCACCAAAACCACUGAGGAUGUCUGCUAAGCAAGCGAUGGAUAAUAUGCAAAGAAUAAAAAGUGAAUCUAAUAGGAUGUUACGAGAACGGGAAGUGUCACUACCUUACCAUCGGCCAAAAGCCUUGUCCUUAAAAGAUAUUAUGAGUAGAAGAAAACCAGCAGUUGCUUCUGAUGGUAAAGCUUUGCCAAUUAAAAUGAAUAGCGACCAGUUAAAGCAAUAUGCGAUGAUGUUAGAACAGAGACAGAAAGAAGUCAUACAAUUAUGUAAAAGUGAGUCAGAGGAAGAGGAGAAUUCAGAAAAUGAAGAAACUUUUAAUAUUGAUACAGAAAAUACAAAGAAUGUAGAAAUAUCAAUUUUGAAUCAACCUUGCACAGAAAGUGAAUUAAUUACCCACUGUGAUAAAGAAGACAACCAAGAAACUAGCUCUUCAAACAUUGAAGAAAAUAUCAAAUCUGACCGCUUACCACAAAACGAAGAUAUUAAUCAUGAUCCAGAACAAAUGCCUUGUGAAGAUAACACAUCCAAUAUUGAUGAAAAUUCUUUGCCAGAUGAAACAAAAGAUAAUCAAGGUAAUAACGAAGAAACUGGAAUAAAUGAAAAAUCUUUAUUACAGUAUUCAAGCGAAGAUGAUGUGCAAAUGAAUUCAAUAAAUGAUGACGAUGGCAUCCAACCAAAUGUAUUACCAAAUGAUACGCAAGAAAAGAAAGCUGAGGAGGAAAGUCAAGUAAUGGUAUUGUAUUAUGAUUCAGAAGCACACUCAUUUUUAGAUAAGGAAAAUAAAACUAGUGAAACUUGCUCACUUAAUGAUGCUAAUAAAUCAAAGGAAGCGAACAGUGAAGCAGAUCAAUUUAUGGACAAUGAUGUGAAUUUUGAUGAAAUCAGCAAAAUCAUUGAACAAGCUGAAACAACUAGUGAUGAAAUUGAAAAUGAGAAAAAUAAAGAAACAAUAAAUAAUACCAUACAAAUAAAUCCUACGCCAAAAUUGACGGGAUGUCCAGGUACACUUAUUGAUUUAGAUGAUAACGAUGAAGCCCCUCGUAAAUUAAGUGGUAUUGAAUUGCUAAAAGAGAGAUUCGCUUACUUUGCAAAUCUUAAAUCACUGGAAGACAUGGAGAAAGAUAGAGAAAAAAAGUACAAGCCAGGAACACAACAUUUGAAACUCAAACAAGAAUUAGAACAGCAAAUAGCUGAGCAGAGAUCAGUAGAAUGGGAAAAACGUCUUGAAGAAGAAAAUAAAUUGAAAUCUGAAAUGAAUGAAAAUAUAUCAGAUGAUGAAAUUGAAAAAAUUGAAGCUAAAUUAGAAUCCAUUGAGAGUGAAAAUAAAGUAGAAGAAAGUUCGGAGAGUGAAGAGGAACCUAUAGAAAAUGAUGUAAUUUUAGAAGAUAAACCUAAACAACGGAAUCCAAUGCUAGAUGAUGAAGCUGAAGUUUCUGAAUGUGAUGAUGAACUGGCAGAAGAUAAAACUGAAGAAUCUGACAAAGAAAAUAAAUUAGACGACGAUGAAGAUAUGGAUGACGAGUCUAGUGAUAGUUCAGAAUCUGAAGAAGAAUUAGAUGAAGAAUCUAAACCUCGAAAAGGAAGAAUAUUAAAAGCAUUUGAGGAUUCUGAUGAUGAAAUUAAUGAUGAUAAAAAUGAAGAAAUAAACAAUAAGGAUUUAACAGCUUCACUGGAGAUAAAAAUAACUGAAAAUGUUAUAAAAGAUUCACAAGAUGAUGAAUUGCAACUUGCUCAAACCAAUAGAUCUUCGGAAGAAUUAUUCUCAACUCAAGAAUCACACCCUACACUUGUAUUAGCAACUUUAAAUAAAAAUAGUGAAGAAAAUGCUAGUGCCGAUUUAGGAACAUUCUCUAUUAUGAACUCAGUCAAUGCAAACCAAUCAAAUGUAGAUUUAAUAUCAGAUAACUUGAUUCUUGGAAUGCAAUCACAGGAAUUGAAUAUUGUUGAAACUGGACUAUCGCAAACUCUUACGACGUCACAAAAUCUACAAUCUCAAGAAAUUGGCGAAGAUAUUGCCGCUUUAUGCACCGGAAAAUUUUAUGAUAACCCAUUUGUAUCACAACAUCAAAAUACAAAUAGUACUCAAAAAUCAAACGAACAUGCAACUGGAGAUAUGAGCGAUGAUGUGGUCGCGCUUUGUACUGGAAAGUUCUACGAUAACCCCUUUGUGUCUCAAAAUGAUGAAUUUGCAAAAGCAAAAGAAAAGAGUCCCGAAAAUUCUCAGAAUCAAACAACAGAUGCUAAAAAUAGUGUUGAUAAAACAAGUAGUUUCGAUACCUUGAAGAGUAAUGAAGCAAAAGUUGUUAAAGAAAACAUUAUCUUAAAAUCAAUAUUAGAUGAGUUAGAUGGACCAGAUAUUGCUCCUCAGAAAAAUAAAUACUUCCUCAAUAUUCAACGUAAAGAAGAGAAUUUGAAGAAGAAAUUCAUCAUAGAUUCUGAUGAUGAAACAAAUGAUGAUGACACACAUAAAAAAGUUAAGAAGCUAAAGAAACGUAAAGUGGAACAAAGGGCACUACAAAUAUCAGAUGAUGAAGAAGACCAAUUUGAUGAUGAGCAGGAAGAUGAUGAGUCGGAAAUAGAAGAAGACAAUACGAACAGGGUAGUUGAAUAUGAUUCUGAAGAAAAUGAGGUGGAAGUACAAACCAAACCUUUGAAGAAGAAACGUGUCGGUGAAUUCUUUGAGAAUGAAGCAGAACUAACAUCUGAAGACGAAUGGAUAGGUUCGGGAGAUGAAGACGAGAGAGACCUGGACCGGAUGGAACGCGAGGAGGGUGAUGAUGACACCUUCCAGCAGGACCAGUUGCAGAGGGAAUUGGGACAGAUACACAUGCGAGAAGUACUGGACCAGGACAAGCGUGAAGUGAGAUUGUUACAAGAAUUACUGUUUGAAGAUGGUGAUCUCGGUGAUGGACACCGGCAACGUAAAUUUAGAUGGAGAAAUGCAGAUGGUGAAAUAGAGCCUGGCACGAACCCUGACGAGUUGCUCGACACACAAGAAGAAGAUUUCGAAUCCGAAGAGCAAUGGCGGAAACAGAGACACGAAAGAGAAAUGUUCCUGAGACAGAUGGAGCUGUCUCAAGAAAAAGAUGAAGUAGAUCUGAAUACAAGUAUAAAUAGGACAACAAUUAUCAAAGCUAAUUUAAGCUCUCGGAGUAUGUCCACUUUGAUCUCGGAAAGUAAAUGCGAGAAAAUUGAGAACCCCAAAAAAACCACUCCAGAACAAGAUCAAAAGAAAAAGACCAAUAAAGACAUACCUAGUCCUAAGAAGCCCUUUACAAUAUUGCAGCAAAACUACCAUACCUCUCUACUGACCCGCGGUCGCGGAGCGCUAGCGCGUCUCGCCGCACUAGCCACUCCCUUAGCCACAGACGAUGAUGCUCCUAAAAUGAUUGGUUCAGGCAACAGAGGAAACUUUGUCUUCACUUCAAUCACUCCUGUAGAAAAACCUAAGGCGACGAAACGUAAAGCGGAAAGUAACGUUGGCACACCAAGCCUAAUAAAGAAAAUCAAGACUGAUGAAACAAUUAAAUACCUCAAGUCAAGUUUAUUUGAUCAUCUAAAAACA